AUGGCAAAAAUCUAUCUGAAGAAGAAAAAAGAAACUUUUCCGAAUGACAAAAGUUUUGGUGAAAUAUCCUCAUCAAAAAAUAUAUUGAAGUAUAUCACGACAUUCAAAUGGCUUUCCAUAAACAAUACUGAAAGAUUGAAGGUUCAAGUUUUGUGUCUCUUUGUUGUCUAUACAUCAAACAAUGUUUCACCACCAAGAGUUGCUGAGAUCAUGAAACUUAUCACAAAAAUUAUCAAUAUCCGCGCAUUUGCAUUGGAAAAAGAUUAA